AUGUUUUGGACUGUGAAGUGCUCAGUUUCGUUUGCGGUGUUAUUGGUUAUAGUUCUAUCUAUAAGUGAGGCUGCUUCGGACCGAACAAAAACGGUGGAGUUGAACGUGAAACCAGGAGGAGUGGUGCACACUUUCACAGAAGGCAUUGGCAAAUACGAAUGCUCAUUCACAUACGCUGCACAAGGGGGGACUAAUGAGGAUUGGCUGAUGAGUGUUGGACUUAGUGACGAUGACAGACUAUUUUCUUGCUCUUUGUGGAGGCCACAGGGGAAGUCAUACCUGUUUUUUACUCAGUUCAAAGCUGAGCUGAAGGGAACCAAAAUUGAAUACGCCAAUGCAUAUUCACAGACAGGACACCGUGACGUGCCGCUGAGGGCCGAUGAGUUUACUGUCGGCGAAUCCACAGUGGUCCAGACUGAUGGAAAGUUCAAUGCCCAGCUCUCAAAGCUCACUGUGAUUGGACGAACACGUCAUGAUGAGCUUUAA